UCCUCGAUUACAAGCAACGUGUGACCAACCGACGCCAACCCCAAUUCCAUCGGACUGGCUUAUGUUUUGUUGUGACGUCUUCUUUGGAAAACAAAAAUGCCGCCAACAGCCAGUAUCAGUGUUGAUAGUGAAAGCCCUCCGGCAGCGGUCCCGAACGUCCGGCGUUCGGUUCGUGUCUCAAGAAAAAGUGCCAAACCUUCCAUUGAAAGUGCUACGGUAACUGGGCGAGAUCGACGGCGUAAUAAAACCGGAAAAAGCAAUGCGCAAAAGUCGAGCAUCGGAAAUGAAAAUUCAGCUCAGACUCCGAACGCACGCUCUCCGACCCCAGCACUAACGAACGCAAGUGGUACGAAAGAUUUGCAUCUACUAAGUCCUUCAUUAGAGUUCGUUGGUCCGCACCACAUGCAGACGCGAUACAUUAAGCAAAGAAAAAAAUCCAUAUGCCCCAACCGCAGCAUGGUCAUUGCGCAACGAAACAUAACCACACGGACAAAGCCCAAGAAGCGGAUCGAGAACAAUGACGAUUUGUUGGCCAAAGCUGCGCAAUCCAUCGCCAUAAAGGAAUGCGUAGUCCUGUUGUCCGAUGUGAUGCGAGAAAAUGUGAAGGAAGCGCCUCUCCCACACACACGGCGUUCACGAACAUUCGAAGCAACUGCCAGUCUAGAUAUGGAAGGAUCGCUUAGCUCUCCACUGAAUGGAAGGUCGAAGCGCAAACACACAACCACUAAGACGACGACGGUUGACUCAGUGGUAUCGCCUCCGAAGAAGUCUUCAAUCGGCGAUGCGUCGGAUGUGGAACUAACGGAAGCAACAAAAUUACCAAGUGAAACAAAACAAAAUUCCAUCGUUGCAACAGACAAACUCACUCGGAUGAAGGGAAAGAAUCCUUUUAAUAUAAUAACCAUUUCUGUGAAACGAGUUGCAGCCUCUCUAACGGAAAAGGAACUACAAACACUGCAGCAUCCCACAAACUCGGUGAGAGAAAGUGAAACAAGCUAUUCCGCUGUUGAGACGGAUACCCUUACAAAAAAUCGCUCAACAAUCGCUUCCAAAUCGAGUGUAUCGUCUGAAACCGACCUAGAACCCAAGCGGAGCACUGUAAAUUCCGUCACGACCGACGACGAAACCUCACAUCGUGACAACCAACCAGCGCUGGCCAAGGUGACGAAGCCCUUCGAUUCCUCCCGCAAGACUGCUGCGCGACGCGUAAAGUUUGGAAAAGUUCCCACCUUGCCGCUAGUGGAGGAGGACGAAAACGAGCAUGAUGUGUACGAUUUCCUCAACUCCAGUCAAAUUGGCCAAGCGGAUGAUACGACAAAUGGUACCAAAAGUGGAACCUCCCGAAUGAAGCAAACGAAAAAAAAGAAGGAAAAAUCGGCGAAGCCUUCUCGUAAAAAGCCCGAUGUGACUCGUCUGCAAAAGAAAAAACAACCCAAUCCAUUGGGAACCAAUGCACGGCAGAUAGCGCAAUUGGUGAAAAAGAUCGGUGGUGGGCCAGUUAAAGCGCAUCCCGAACCUGUUGGAUACGUCGUUAACCUGCACCUUACUGAGUCCCCUCAGGAAGUUGUUAUACCUUCGUCUCCUGUUCGGCAAGCAGAUCCAGUUUCGACCGUCUUUCUACAGCCUUCGUCUCCCAAGCGUGCGUUAAAUCCAGCAGUAGAGCGGCUUAGGCAUUCAUCUACGGCUCAACUCGCAACUUCCACUCCAAUCACUGGUGACAUUAACUGCCUGGAGACGACAUCGAAUAUUUCACAGGCGAACGAUGGGUCGCCGUGGCGAAUGCAGGACCAAGACAUUGUGCCUCUACGAAGCGUACACGUUUCACGCAAUCGUGAUUUGUUACGGUCGUAUGAAAACGGCACAACUACUUCACCAGUCCGCCACGUGACCGAGCGGCGAAAGACUAACCGACAACAGAGUACGGGGGAAAAGGCUUCCCUUGCUAGCCCUGCCCAGGACCUGGAGGAUCGCGGCGAACCACUAUCAUUAUACAUCGCCGAGGUGGAGCGAGUGCACAGCGAAUUGAAGGCGAUCAGCGCAAUGAGCGAGAGGCUGAUCGGUGUGAUGCGCAGAUACGAGAACAACACGGACGGAAGAAACAUCUCGGAAGCACGGCAAAAACUGCGAAAAUGGUACACCCGGUCGAUGCAAUCGUUUAACCGCUCGAAAAACAUCGUUAAUCGGAUCAUUAGCUGCCCAUCUCCGUUGUCACACGAGCAGCAGAAAACUGUAGAAACAUUCAACCAAAGCACCGACAAGUUCCACUCAAUGCUUGAAGAGCUGCGCGAUGCGACGAAUCAUUCGAAUGGUGAAAAUAUGUCUCCACCUGGUCAGGCGUUGCCGGUCGGAACGGCCGACGCGGUCUCGAAAACAUCGAAAGCUCCAGCCGAUGUCAUUGAGCUUCCCGAACGUGGUCACAUAACUGUGAGAAAUCCACUGAAGCAGUUAAAUUUCUUACCGUUACCGCAGACCAACAGUCCCCUCUUGUCCCCACUGGCGAAAACACAUAACACCCCUAAAACUCCCCUUCGCCGGGAGUUGCAAUUCGAAACGCCGCCCUUUUCGGAAGGAACUCGACCGUCGGAAAAGCACGUGAUGGAAAACGAUGAGAACGACGCUUCAGUUAUGGAUGAUCAUCAUGAUGCGAGUGAUCCCCCUGAACCAAUCGAUGCCAUACCGCUGGCGACGCUGCCCACAUUGGCAGGCAUCGUGCAUUCACCGGCAAAGGAUAGUAUCUCAAACUUGUUCGGUUUCUCAGAUGAUUCCUUCGACCAACGUUCGAUUGCGACGCCAGAGUCCAGAGCGCUCAAUGUUUCGAUCAAAACUCUGAAGAAACGCUUGAAUAACAUCAAGCAGCUUCUACCCGAGCAACGGAUCACCCAACGGAGGCGUGCAGCAGUCGUAAAACCGCACGGACCAACGCGGUUCCCCUCCGUGGGUACGUUGCGUGUUUUUGCCAGUCCUGCAAAGCGGCCCCAAACUUUAAUUGGGUUCGCGGCAUCAACACCCCGGAUAGCUGUCGAAGAGACUUCUAUCGAUGACCGUUCGGAAGCGCAGGUUUCGCUUCCGAUUCCAAUGGACAAAUUGAGUGAAACGUUGAAAAACCGCUUGAACGACAUGGCGCAACAGCCCGGUUCGCCCGGAUCGCCAUUCUUCCGGCAGCGUCCACUCGAACGACCAUUAAAUCGUAAGGCAUUCCGAAGUCCCGGAAAGUGUCCGGCAGCAUCGUCUACCUUGCAAACUUCAACACCGCGUCCUCCCGAAGCGGGGGAGCCGAAACCGAGCAGUUCUCGUGACGCAGCAGUACCUGCCGCAGCCAGCGAUGAUCACGAACCACCUAACGUAUCGGCAAUCGAAGCGAAUGAAGCACAAGCGGAGGCAGAAAAUAACCGGAACAAUGAGACCCCUUCAGUCGUUCUUUUCGAGGCACCUGACGACGGGUUUGAUCGUUCAACACUUCAACGAACGUACACGCGCAUUCCGCGCCGGAGACGUGCAAAGAAUAUUUACCUCGCCAACCUGGGACUGGACGACGAUGACGACGACUCAGAGGCGGAACAAUGGUGCGGUGUAAGCUCGGACUCAGAGGCGGAAACAAAAGGCAGAAAGAAAAAAGGGCAACGGAAGCAGCAACGUAAGCCCCGAAAGAAGAAACCGGUGGAAGAGACAGAGGAGUUCAAAACCUUUGUUCAAGAGUUCAACAGCAUGUGCGAAGAUGUGGAGCGCUUCGAAGUGAUUAUCGAAUGAUAACCACGCACCGGAUACGCGACAUUACGAUUAAUCUUCCUUUCUACGAAAUGGGUCACCAGCACAAACCGUUGGACUAUUUUUCCCGGUCGGCCGCGCUUGGUGUGGUUUUUAUUUCCAAAACUUUGUUUUUUAAAAAUAAUAUUUUAUUUACUAACUGUACGAGAGUAUGAGAUGCGCUAUUUCUACAGGUCAUAAUGCGCUAUAGUCUAUAGAAAUCAAUCCUUGAAGGAUAUUUCGCAUCUUUUGCUAUUAUUCAGACGAACGAUGUAAAUUACAAAAUAAAAAUGGUGUUGUC